UGACUCGCCAGCAUCACGCCCACAUCUACCCUGCUCCUCCUCCUAUCCCAUCCAGACGACGAAGUAAUGUUCUUCUCUCCCCUCAUCCUUUCCCUCCUCUCCUCCUCCCUCCUUCUCCCAGCAAACAUCUACGGUCUCUCUGCCAGCUCCGGCUCCUUUGGCUCGCCCUACUACCAAAACGAGACAUUGGGCGCGACGAGAUCGCGAGAGCUGGUUGAGGCGUACGCGAUGUUAGGCGUACCAAGAGAAAAUGUGCUCGCAUUGGAGGCGGAUGGGAUGAGGGAUGGGAUGCGGGAGCGCUGGCGGAGGGAGACGGUGGUGGAGGAGGUCAGCAAGGCCAUCGCGGGGACAGAGACUUGGCCGAGGACAUUCGACUACAUCGUCACUUUCGAUCGAGGAGGAGUCUCAGGCCACGCUAAUCAUCGCAGCGUUGCAGCGGCAGCGGACGCGGUUGGGGCCAGGCUGGGAGGGGGAAGGGUGCUGCGUUUGACCUCUUUGCCGCUCUGGAGCAAGUACGGUGGCUUGCCAUACGCGCUGCUCAGACGAUUGAAGAGCAUAGCAUCCCCAUCGACUUCUUCGCGUGGAUGCUCAUUCGCCCUCUCAUCACCAUGGGAAUAUCGGAGGGCGGCCAAAGCGAUGCAGGCGCACGCGUCUCAGCUGGUUUGGUUCCGCUAUGGCUGGUGGGCAUUGAGCUCCUAUGUCUUUGGCGCUGAGCUCUGUGAGAUGUAGCAGCUGCUCUCUGUCAUCGUGGAAUGCAUUGCGAUGUCUUGAGGACGCGAAUAUUGCUU